GACACUGCCUUUCUAAACAGUAUAAGACCCAACUCACAUGUCAAUGCGUGCAAUUUGUAUGUAACUUUUGGAUCUUUACGAAGUGGUUUUGAACACUUUAGAGUUGUACAUUACAUUGAAUGUUGUUACUAGAACGUUGUCAAUAAUGAGUUCUCAAAUCACUUGUGUUGGAUGGGUAAAGCGUGGCGUUUCGAAGGAAACACCAGAUAAGGUGGAGUUGAGCAAAGAAGAAUUGCAACACAUUAUAGCAGAGGCAAAAGAACAAUUGGGUGAACGCAUAGGUGAAGAGGAAGAGGAUGAAGGCAUGGCCAGCGGGCAGGAACAGAGUGACGAGGCAGAAGCUGUUCAGGGACAGGAGCCAGAGCAAGAUGAAAAUGAAGCAGGAAGGGAAGAAGCUGAUGAACUAGCAGAGUAUGGUUUGGAUAGAUAUGACGAGGAAGACGAGGUGACUGCCAACCUUGGUGACAGCCUUGCCGGUCUCACAGUGUUCAGCACCAACGAGGAGGAUCCUCACAUUACCAUCAAAGACACAGACCAGUAUGAGCGAGAGGACUUUCAAAUUAAGCCCAAUGAUAACCUCAUAAUUUCAGGCAGAGCAGAGAAGGACUGCUGCAACCUGGAGAUUCACGUAUACAACUCCGGGGAGGAAUCCCUCUAUCACAAGUCAACUAUCCGUGGACCUUCCAUUGAUGAUGAUUGUAAGGUGGAAAUUGGUGUGACAUCUGAUGGGAAGACCAUAGUGUGCUACCAUCCCUCUGAGGAUGUUCCUUAUGAACUUACCCAGCCCAUUCUAUGGCCAAACCCCCUGACCAAUCCGGCAGAAACACAUGACCAGGUGCUGAAGGCCCACCUCGGAAGGGAGGUGCUGCAGAACAAACAGUCCCCCACCAUUGAGGAGCUCAGCAAAAUGUUUCACACCACCAAGCACCGCUGGUACCCUGUGGGACAGUACCAUAUGCGACGCAGAAAGAGAGAUCCUCCAAAAGACAGAUAGUUGUUAAGGAGUUUCUUACCUUAAGAAUUAUUGAUACCUUACAUAAUUAUUAGCUUGGCUCACCCCCCCAAAUCCCAAACUGUUUUGUGUGCAAUUAUUUGUGCUGUAAAAUAAAAUUAACAAAUCUGUAGUUGCGCACUUUUAUGUUUGCUUUGAAGCAGAUUACCAAAACUGUCAGUGAAAUAUAUAUUUUCCCUGUGUGCUGAAUACCUUUUAUUUCAUGAAAUUCUGGGACAUGGUUAAGGUAUCUGCAUGUUAUUGUGGGGGAAGAAGGAGAACACUGCAAUAGCGGCGUAGCGGGAGAAAGAAAAAGCUGCAACUGGGACUCAAACUUUGGCUCCUACUGUGCAGAACAAUAUUACAUUGUGAUAACUGUCCAUUUUUACGAUAAUUUCAAUUCAGUCCAUGUCUUAAGUUUUUGGGAUUCAAAGAAAUUACAAUAAAGAGUACGUUCAUA